AAUUAAAUCACUUGCUGAAGAUGCGUUGUAUGCUUAUAGUAUUUGCCAUAGCUGCUGUAAGCCUUUCGUGUGCUGCUCCUGCGAAAUCGCAAAACGAGAUGUUAGCUCAUUUCUUUGACUAUGCUGACACCCUCCGUGGCAUUCAAAUCCAUAAUAUGAUGUCACUCACCAUCAAAUUCGUGCAACAAGUUGUGGACACAGUUCCGCUUGAACAACGUGGACCGGGAACGGCUGCCCUCCAGGCCUAUGCCAACAAGGGCAAGAGUCUCAAACAGCGAGGCACAACUGGCGAGAAAUAUAACUAUAUCUACGAACUGCAACAGGUAUUCGAGGGACUCAACAGCGAGCUGAGUCAAUCGGCACCUGAAUCCCAGGUGAUUGGAAUGAGCCUGCUGGGUUUACUGGGCGUUAGCACUGAAUUCGCCAAUGAGAAUGAGAAACUCCACAAUAAGUUUGUCGAAGGUGCCACCCAAAUGAAAGCCAUGUUGUCUCCGACCACAAUAGCUCGGGAAAGUGAGCUCCUCGAGGCGAUCGACAAAUACAUCGCUUCCACUGAUAUACAGCAGCACGAAGCUCUCUUUAUGAAAGUCAUGAGCUUCAAGGAUAGGUACUAAGCUUAAGUCAAUAAAACGAUUUACACAACAUGGAAUGAAAAUUAGAAGUGGAUUAAUAUGACAUUAUAUUGUUAUCACAAUUUGUUGUCAUGGUUGGCAACGAAAGAGAGAUUAUUUUUAUUUAAAAUAUUAUCUGCAUAAUUCAUAUAAGAGAU